GCGAAAGUAGGAUUCAGAAACGAAGCGAAGGUUGCGAGUGACGUUCUUCGAGCACUCGAUCCACCACCAUAGCCAUCCGGAUUCAUCUGUUCCAUCUGCCGGUGCGAGUGUGUUGGUGCUUGCGCACAUUCGCCCCCAGCAUCCCAAGUGCGCGCCGACACCACCACAACGACCUGGGGCAGGGCAAACCUGCUCAGAGAACCUGCUACUGCUACUGCUGCUCUGCCUCUGCCCGCUGUGCGUAGUACGUUGACGGGGGGCCAGUUAAAAAAUUGUGCGCAAACAGGCAGUGUGUGUCCGCUCCCGGUCAUUGUCCGGGUCCUCAUCCUGAGAGAAGCUGUGGGGUGGCAAACGGGAAUCUACUGGCGGCCAAAUCUUCCGCGGUGCGCCGUUUUUGAUCGAUUGAGUUUACGACGCGAGGAGUGUCCCCGCCCGUAGCGACGCAAAAGAGAGGUCAUUCCGGCUAGCUCGAGGCUUACCGAGGAUGUCGUCGAAGCGCAAAUCACCGCCGAACAAGCUAUCGAAUGCGGUCACGGUCGAGAAGAACAACUUCGCGACCAAGAUAUCGCUCAAGAAUGAGGAGCUCCUCAAGUCGUCGCCGGUGAAGGAGCUGAACUGUGCGUUCGACACCAACUUCAUCGCGAUGCAGAAGAUGAGCGCCGACCCGAAGUUUCUCCGGCACGACGAUCUGAUCGGCGGCGGAGGCGGAGGCGGAGGUGGAGGCGGCCACCGGCACGGCACGGCGGCCACCGAACACCAUCACAACAACACCAACACCGGCAGCGGUCCGCUCGAGCACGAUUUCCACUACAACUUGCCGUUCCUGAACGUGGCCAGCUACAUCCUGAAGGGAUCCGAUCCGACGGGCCUCACCAACAAGGCGGACAACUUUCAGCUGACGAUGAACCUGGGCAGCCUAAACAUUUCCCAGCACGGCCUGCCCGGGUCGCCCGGCUCACCGACGGUCGCGGGGCCUCCGGUUGGGGGCGGCGGCCCAACGGCGACCGUACCACACCAUCAACCCCGCAAGCUCAACAAUAUGACCCUGAACCAUCUGAAGUCGAUCGUCGACAACUUCGACUGCCUGAACAACAACAUAAACGACAAGGGCAGCUACGGUGACAGUGCCGGCAGCACCCAGCAAACCAAUAGCUGCCAGCCGACGACAGUGCCGGCUGAGGCGGAGUGUCCGCUGGCGACAGACGGGCCUACGGCAGGCCACCCCCACCAGCAGCAGCAGCAGCUGAAUAAUCGUGGCUACACGGCCAAGAACAAUCUGGAGAAUUUCCGCACGCAGCUGGACGAGCGCAUCACUAACCUGCAGCUCAGCAUGAGCGAGAUCUAUCUGAUGCGCCUGAACCUGAGCCUGCUCGACUUUCCGAACGAGAUCCCGAACACGCUGCUGCACGAUCGGAACAACAGCAACCGGGCCGCCGCGGACGAGCAGGCGACACCGAACAUGAACUGUAGUUCCUCGCAGAACAACAUCAAGCUCAUCAAAAGAAGUUUCAAGGAGUCGCUGUACGAAAAGGAGAAGAACAUCAACCGGCUGAUCAUGUACUUCACGAUCUGGCGCGAGAUGCUGCAGAAGGCAGAAUUUGGUGAACACAGGGUGAAGCACAAGCAGAACAACAAUUUCAAAGGUGCCACCGGCACCGAGCCCUGCGCCACCGGCACUGGCGGCUGUCCGGAUGGCCGAGCUCCGUUCGUCGCCGCCGGCUCACCGCUUGCGGCCCAUCCCGCCACGUCAUUCCCGGCGACUGCAGCGACGUCAACGGCCAUGUUGAAUGUAAGCCCAAGCUUGAUGGGAGGGCCGGCCGGCGCCGCCGCCGCCACCACCGCCGCCGCCACGGUAGACUGUGAUAGUGCGGGGAACGCGGAGUCGCACGAGCCGGAGAACUGCAUACGCCGAUACCAAAACAUCUUUCAAUCGCUCGCCAGCAAGCUGCCACCGCCCGCCGUCGUCCCGCCGCCCGUCUGCUCAUACACGGCCCCUGGUGGUGGCGGUGGAGGGCGCAAGAAUCCCCGCAAAAGGCAGCAACCGCUGCAGACGACGAGCGACGCGACUGACAGAUCGACCGAACAGAUGGCGGCGGCUGCGGCUGCGGCGGCGGCGGCGGCGGCGGCGGCCGUGUUGGCGAAACAGCCGCUGCUGUCGAGCGUUGGGCUACCGAACUGCCCGACGCAGCCCACCCUGGCGGCCCUGUACGACGCAAACUACGAGGCGAAGGGCCCGAACGAGGGCGAGGGCCGAAACCAAAGGUACGCAGCGAAGGACGCACCGGAUGCACCGAUCAACCUGUCCAAGCGGAAGCUGGACCCCUGCGAGAGUCCGGGCCCGGCGCUCGAGAACGGUGCGAAGUCAGGGGGCGGCGGCCCAUUCGGGACGGCUGGCUCGCUGUUUGGUGGGUGCGGCGACGUGGACGAGCUCGGGCACCGGUUGGAGCUGAUGCCGCCCGGGGCGGCGCUGCUCGAGCAGGACACGGACCAGUACUUUGGG